AUGGGCCUCGUGGACGCCGUGGUCGAUGCCACGCCCGGACGGGACUUACUCGAGGUGGUGAUGGAGAUCGGGGCGAGAGGGGUGGGGACGCGGGAGGGGAGGGGAGGGCCGUCAUGGAGUGGCCCGGUGAGGGCGCUCGGGCGGUACCCUUUCCACCUCGCUUAUCUCGCGUGGAUGGAGCAUCGAGUGAGCGAGGGGGCCCCACGUGGGGUGCGGGCCCUGCAUCUUGCCGUCCAGGCUGUCCGCCUGGCGGUGGACCACGUCGAUGACUUCGACCGCGGUGUGGUCGCCGAGGAAGCGCUUUUUCGCCGCUGUUUGGCGGAGCGGCCCUGCGCGGCGAUGCAGCAUCUUCUCCGGGCUGCCGAUCGCGCGCUGCGGGAAGGCGAGACUCGACGCGCGGCGAUCGCAACAUUACCAUUCCGCCGCGCCGUGGUGCUCGGUGCCGGGGCGGUGGGUUCUUCCCUCGCGUUUUUGCUCAUUCAGUACGGACUGCAGGUGGUGCUUGUGGAGCCCUGCCCUUCGCGGCAGCGCCGGGUCCUCGCGCACAUCCGCGCUGCGAUCUUCUCGGCGGUGCGGGCGAAGCUCUACCCCAGCCUCGCCGGCGCGCGGUCCCUCCUCUCCCGGCUCUCGGUUGUCUGCAGUGAGUACCACGACCUCUCUGAAAUCUUCUCAGACGCGGAUAUCGUUUUUGAAUGCAUCACGGGAUCACUGGGGGGGAAGCGGGAGGUCUUUUCCUAUCUCGGCCGAGUUUGCACGCCUGCGUGUGUGUUGGUGGCGGGCUCCGGGACCAUCGACGUGUCGAGUCUAGCGUCCGCGGCAAGUCAUCCGGAGCGCGUCCUCGGCAUGCAUUUCUACCCCCCUGCAAACGAAAGCCCAGUGGUGGAGAUUUCCCGGCUUCCCUGCACGGAUUCCAUCCCUCUUCACCGCGUUCUCGCGCUGAGCGAUCGGCUGAACAAAUACGUCGUCCUCACACACAGCGGCGGGGGAAGCCACCUUGGGAUGCUGCUCCUGCUCGCGGGGUUAUAUCAAGCCUACGCCAUGCUCGAGGACGGCUGCUUCCCUCACGAUGUGGAUGGCGUCUUGAAGAAACAUUUUAACUUCCGCUUUGGCAUUUUCGAGGUUGAGGAUAUGAUCGGCCUUGAUGUGAUGGCGAUGGCGCGAGCCAAUCUCCCACCCAGGCGCUUGCCUGUGCGAAAGGUGUUUGACGUCGCCGACAAGCUCGUGGAGUGCGAUCUGGUAGGUCGGAAAAGGGGCGAGGGGUGGUAUCGGUAUAAGGGAAAAAUGGCCUCCUACUUUGAAAGAAGUGAUUCACACGGCGACUCAUACGGGGAGGGCCCUGCGCAUCCGAAGGACGGCAUUGUGGACGAUGAGGCCAUUGCCGCGUCGCUCGUAAGCGUUAAUACCGGCAGCAUCACUGCGGCGGCUCGCGGGAGUCGAUCGGGCAACGCCGCGGAUGAGGUGGUGCUGCCUUUUAGGCCCAACUCAAUGACCUCAACGUCGGUUUGGAAUCCGAUUGAGUGGCGCCUGUCCAACCUCCUUCCAGGGGGUGAGUGGCAAACCCUGCUCGCCACCCACUCGAUGUCAACCGUACACAACCGAAGCGUGGAGAAGCGAAUUUUGUCAAUCAGUAAAUGUAAAGGAUUUCAACGCCGCUACGUCACCGAGGAAGAGAUAAUCGACCGCGUUUUACUCGUCAUGAUCAAUGAGGCCGCCAGAUUGCUUGGAGAGGGCAUCGUUGAAUCCACAGGCGAUGUUGACUGCGUGAGCGUCUACGCCUUGGGUUUUCCGGGUUGGAAAGGCGGCCUGUUGUAUUACGCUGAUGAGGUUCUUGGAAUCGACAAGAUAUUAAAAAGAAUGAACAUUAUGCGUCUUGCAUUAGGAAAGGAUGUCUUUCCAGAACCUUGCGAGGUCUUGCUAGAGAUGCAAAAACAAAAGUUAUCGUUUGCGCGUAGAUUUAACGGCUUAUGA